AUGGAGUCGGCUGUAUCGUGGUCUUGUGUGUCUGUCACAUUACAGCUCUUCUGUCUGAUCAUCAGGUUCAGAUGCUUGAAUCUUCUGCUGCUGCUGUUUUGUCUCGUCUAUCAAAGCGAGACCCCCCCUGUAGGAUCCCACUCUGUGACAAGAAAAAAGGCAGACAGUUUCACACUGUCAUGUAAAGUUGAGGACAAUGAGAUUAUUUAUUUAAUCAGACAGUCAAAAAUCAUCCUUGUCUGUCAGAAUGAAGAAUGUGAGAAUAAGACUGAAAAUGUACAAGGAGUCUGUAAGAAAGGAGCCUGUGACGUCACCAUCAAGAAUCUGAGCUUUAGUGAUGCUGGGAAAUAUAUUUUGAGGUUCAAUUAUAAAAAUGAUCCAAAAGAGAAGGAGCAACGAAAGGAGAAGACGUACCGACUUCAUAUUCAUGAUGAGGUUUCUGUGAAAAUCGGCGAGCAGCUGAAGUUGGAUGUUCUUUCCAAUGCUGAUAAAGUGCAGCAUCAGAACGAAACCAGCGCAGAGCGGACGGAGAUCUGGAGCAGAAGUGACAGAGUUCAGAGCGAUCGACUGACCGACAGUGAUGGGACUCUGACCAUUAAUAACUUUACAGCCAGUGAUGCUGGAACAUACAGCGUUCUGGACACUGAAGGAGAAAUCCUGAUCACAGUGACAGUCACAGAAUCUAGAAGAGAAUCAAAGGGAAAACUGGACGACACUGAACAACAUACUGUAGAGAACUGGAUUGUGCCAGUUGUAGUGUGUUUGGUGAUUCUGGUGGCUCUGGUUGGGAUUAUGAUUUCUGUCAUCAUAUGGCGACGUCGGCACAGAGGUUAUGAGCAGGGGCGAGUACAGGAGAAUCCAGAGCCCCCACAGGAACCGGAGGAACUAUAAUGAUCUUCACUGAACGUGAUUGUGAUUCUGCACACGGGUCCUGAACACCUGAGACACCAACAGGAUUCUGUCAGCAUGCACCUGCAGCUGGGGGUGUGCCAAAAUUUUUUUUUUUUAAAUUGUGCUCUCUUCCCACUUCCCCCUUCCAGCUGUUUGGGUUUGGAUUGUGAUUGGUGUUGUGGGGGCUCUGAUUGCGUUUACUGUCAUCGUGAUACAUCAGCGUCUGAACAGGAACAAAGAACAUGAUUCCUACCUAGAGGUCCCAAUGCAGUAAACUGUACAGGGGCCCAGAUCACCUAACGACAGCAAGGGUUAUUAUUAAUUUGCUUUUAGAGCCAAAAGAUCAGCAGAGGAUCCUGUCAACAAAUCAUUCCUGACCCAAUCAGCUGAUUAAAGCAAUCUGUUGAAUGAAUGACUUUAUGAUGCAGCAAAAAGUUAUGUAUGUCCAUCUACUGGUCCGUUUAGUUUCACAUUUAAGGUAGCAUUUCAUUUUUAAAAAAUCUUUCAAAAUGUCAACAUUUUAUACAUUCAUCUCCUAGCAUUUUUUUAUGCAAGUGCAGUGUACUGUAGAUGUUAGUCUACAUUAAGCCCUGAGAUAGAAGUCAAACUAAUGUAAUUUAUUUUGUGACAAGCAAACGUUCUUUUUUCAAACUGUUUGCAACAUUACUAUCCUUUGCCAGUCACAUGCAUUUUUAAACUUCACUUUGUUUUUAAACUUCUGUAGCACCAUGCUGUUGCCUUUUAUUGCUUACUAGAGCAUUUGCAUGGCAUUAUUCUUUGU